CUCUUCCCACACACAACACACAACCGAUUGGAUAGAUAGCUUAAAAAUUUCAACAUCUCCAGCUCCGUCAACAAACCGCUGCGACUCAGGCAAAAACUUUUCCUCAAAUCUCCAUCUGCAACUGUAUAUCUCUGUUACUGAAGGGAAGAGCAGAGAGGGAUGGAAUCCACGGAGUCGUCUUACGUUUCAUCACCGGAGGGGCUGAGGAACAGAUCUCCACCUCCGCAGCCGAAAUCUCCUGAUUCAGAUCAUGUGGAGAAAUCCACAUAUGUCAGGUUCCUUGUGUCCAAUGCUGCAGCUGGUUCUGUCAUUGGAAAGGGUGGCUCAACAAUUACUGAAUUUCAGUCAAAGUCAGGAGCUCGAAUUCAGUUGUCUCGCAGUCAUGAGUUUUUCCCAGGAACAUCAGAUAGGAUUAUUAUGAUCUCAGGGACAAUUGACGAUGUACUCAAAGCUUUGGAACUUAUCCUAGCUAAAUUGUUGAGUGAGCUAAAUGUUGAUGAUGGAGAUGAUGCUGAACCAAGAACAAAAGUGAGGCUAAUUGUUCCCAAUAGCUCUUGUGGCAGUAUAAUUGGGAAAGGAGGGUCUACAAUAAAGUCGUUUAUUGAAGAUUCCCAAGCUGGCAUUAAGAUUUCCCCUCAGGAUAAUAAUUAUUACGGGUUGAAUGACAGGCUAGUGACAUUGACUGGCACUCUAGAUGAGCAGAUGCGAGCAUUUGAAUUGAUUCUGCCCAAGCUAGCUGAAGAUCCUCAUUACUCACAGAAUAUUCAUGCUCCAUUUUCAUAUGCAGCAGCAUACAAUGCAAUGAACUAUGCACCAAAUGGGGCUGGAGGAGCAAAAUUUCAGAAUCAGAAGGAGGACUAUAGCAACUCUGUAACAAUUGGUGUUGCCGAUGGACACAUUGGUUUGGUUCUUGGUCGUGGUGGAAGGAACAUUAGCGAAAUUAGUCAGGUUAGCGGAGCCAGGAUAAAGAUAUCAGAUAGAGGAGAUUUCAUGUCAGGAACAACAGAUAGGAAAGUCACAAUCACAGGAUCACAGAGAGCAAUUCGUCAAGCAGAGUCCAUGAUAAUGCAAAAGGUAGCUAAUGCUUCUGAGAGGAUGAUGGAUUAGUUUUCUGAUUAUUGAAAUCAUUCUUGUUGAGAGUUCUUUUUGAUGGACCUACUUACAAGUUACAACUUCCCAGUCGUAUAGUUGAUUAGAAACAUGUCCAAAUUCAUUCCCGCAUGUCAACUGUCAAGUUGGUGUGGGUGACAAAUCUGAAAAUGGGGAUGCCAGUUACAAGAAACGGGAAAUUUUAAUCGGCAGAGCCUUUUAAUGGAGAUUCUUCUCAGGUUAUGAACUAUAUUCAUUCAGAAAAACACAAAAGAGAGAGAUGCUGUUGUAAUAGCCCGUAAUAUUGCUUGACAGAAUAUUAAAAUUAGCUUCAUUUAUUUCAAUUUAUAGUUGCAACUUCUAAAGUUAUUAGCAAUAUAUUGUUAUUUCUGAUUAGUGAUUCUGUAAGAUGCUUUGGCGAAAAUCUGAUUUGUAAGAUGUCUGUUGAUAACUAUUCUUGGUGAAUCUACUUUUGUGGGGAAUC